AUGGACGCCGUGGCGAAGGGGGACUGUGGGGACAAAGGGACAUGGGGAUAUCGGGACUAUGGGGACACGGAGAUGCCACGGGGACAGGAAACUGCCACCCUCAGGACAAAACCUGAAUAUGAGGACAGGAGCACCCCGGGGAUAUUGGCACAGCGAGGGGGGCACACAAGGACCACGGGGACAGUAAACCGUGGGGACGUGGGAACAGGGCCACCUGAGGACGGGGACCGGGGGAGCACGAGCACUGCGGGGCCAGAGCGGACAUGGGGACACCGCGACACGCGAGGCCCGGCGCGGAGGAGGCGGCCGGAGCGGGGGGAAGCGGCGGGGCCUCCCCCGAGCCCCACCGGGUCCCCCAAAUCGUCUGGUACCGACUUCGGGCUGGCACGGCGGCUGCUGGGGUUCGAGCUACGGGACCUGACGCGAUGGCACCGCUUUGUCCGGCUGCUGCACCGGCCGCAGGACCCUGCUGCGCUCGGAGCUUUCCGCGCAGCCUUCGGGCUGCUGAUGGCCCUGGAUGUGCCACAGGAGCGGGGCCUGGGCCACCUGGACCAGCGGUACCUGGACGGUCUGGACGUGUGUCGCUUCCCACUGCUGCCCUUCCUGCAGCCCCUGCCCCUGGACUGGAUGUACCUGCUCUACACCAUCAUGUUCCUGGGAGCGCUGGGCAUCAUGCUGGGGUGCUGCUACCGGCUGAGCUGCGUGGCGUUCCUCUGCCCGUACUGGUACCUGCUACUGCUGGACAAAACCUCCUGGAACAACCACUCCUACCUCUACGGGCUGCUGGGCUUCCAGCUGGCACUGCUGGGUGCUGAUCGUUACGGGUCCGUGGACGGGCUCUUCCGUCCCCGGAAGCGGAACGCCCACGUGCCACUUUGGAACUACACCCUGCUGCGUGCCCAGGUGUUCAUCGUGUACUUCAUCGCGGGGCUGAAAAAGUUGGACGCCGACUGGGUCGAGGGGUUCUCCAUGGGGACACUUGCUCGGCACUGGCUCUUUGCACCCUUCAGGCUGGUGCUGUCUGAGGAGCUGACCAGCCGGCUGGUGGUGCAUGGAGGGGGGCUGGUGCUCGACCUCUCCGCUGGCUUCCUGCUCUUCUUUGAUGCUACGCGGCCCCUUGCCCUUGUCUUCGUCACCUACUUCCACUGCAUGAACUCCCAGCUCUUCAGCAUCGGCAUGUUCUCCUACACCAUGCUGGCCACCAAUGGGCUCUUCUGCCACCCUGAGUGGCCACGGAGGCUCCUGUCCCGCUGUCCCCUCUGGCUGCAGGGGUGGCUCCCCAGCACAAAGCCCCCCCAGCCCAGCCCCGACUGCCACUACAGGGGCUCGGGGGCACAGGGGGGCCUUCAGCUUCGCCAGCACUUGGCCGCAGCCUUCACCAUCCUCUACGUGCUGGAGCAGCUCUUCCUGCCCUACUCCCACUUCAUCACCCAGGGCUACAACAACUGGACCAAUGGGCUCUACGGCUACUCCUGGGAUAUGAUGGUCCACUCCCGCUUCCACCAGCAUGUCAAAAUCACCUACAGAGACGGGCUCACGGGGGAGGUGGGCUACCUGAAACCAGGGGCGUUCACGCAGAGCCGGCGCUGGCGGGACCAUGCAGACAUGCUUAAGCAGUACUCGGCCUGCCUGAGCCAGCUGCUGCCACGCUACAACGUCUCCCAGCCCCAGAUCUACUUUGAUGUCUGGGUGUCCAUCAACGAGCGCUUCCAGCAGAGACUUGUGGACCCCCGGGUGGACCUGGUACGUGCCCCAUGGUCCCCAUGGACCCCCACACCAUGGCUGCUCCCACUGCUAGUGGAUCUCUCUCCGUGGCGCCAGCGGUUGCAGGAGUUGGAGGCACAGCUGGAUGGACACACCGACACUGUGUUCAUUGCAGACUUCCCUGGCCUGCACCUGGAGAACUUUGUGAGCGAGGACCUGGGGAACACAAGCCUGCGGGUGCUGCGGGGGAAGGUGCUGGUGGAGCUGGUGGAGCAGCAGCAGAACUACUCGCUGCAGGAGGGUGAGGGGAUGCAGCUGCCAGCGGGGCAGUACCACAAGGUGCACACGGUGUCCCCGGAGCCCUCGUGCUACAUGUACCUGUAUGUGAACACCACGGCGCUGGAGCUGGAGCGCAAUCUGACGCGGCUGCGGGAGCUGCGGGAGCGCGUGCGCAACGGCACCGAACAGUCCCCGCUGCCCCCUGAACUGCGUCCCCUCCUGGGGGAGCCCCCACCCACGGGGGUCCCACUGGACCCGGUGGUGUCACUGUUCCUGCGGCGGGAGCAGCGGGAGCAGCGGCGGGAGCAGGAAUCCAGCCUGGCCCAGCGCCUCCGGCGCUUCCUCCGCAGGAAGUUCUUCCUCUUCCGACGCAGUGCCCUGAUGACGCUGAUCGCGCUGCGGAACCUGGCACUGGGCCGCCCGUCCCCGGAGCGCCUGGCACAGGAGGUGGCCUUCGCCAGCUGGCGUGGGGAGGAGGAGGCUCGGCCCGAGACCAACAGUGGGGCCCAGAGAGGACCCGAGCUCUGAACACCCCAAAUAAAUGCCGUUUUUUAAGCCAGAAA